AUGCCCUUCGUGCAGCGUAUUGUUGAGCCGAAAUUUUUGAGCAGGACUCAACUUUUCGACGAGAAUGGCCACCCCAAAAUCGGAGAUUUCGAGCUGGAGGCCGUUACUAACAACACCCUGUGCAAUGCUCUCAGACAGCUUGCUUCUCUGGUGUUGGCGGCCAAUGAUAUCUUCGAGGAUCUCGGUGGACAGCUCGAAGGUAUCAAGAAGAGGUCGGAGGUUCUCAGAGUUAGGAUCACCAAUGUCGGAGGCAAAGUGGAAAAGUUUGAUCCCAAGGAAGUUACAGUUCGUAAGUACCUACUAUACUAA